AUGACGGAAGUGAAGUAUAUAGGACAUAUCGUGGACCGUAACGGCAUUCGGACAGACCCGGAAAAGAUAACAACGAUCGUACAAAUGCCUCCGCCGCGGAAUAUAGCAGAACUGCGUUCUUUUCUGGGCGCAGUUAAUUAUUACGCCAAAUUCAUCAGUGAAAUGCAUCAGCUGCGGCGACCGCUGGACGAAUUACUGCAGAAAGAUGCCAAAUGGGUUUGGUCAGAUGAUUGUCAACGUUCGUUCUCGCGCUUCAAGGAGCUUCUGCAAACGGAUUUGAUGCUAACACACUACAAUCCGGCACUGCCAAUCGUAGUCGAAGCCGAUGCGUCCAGUACAGGUAUCGGAGCAAGCAUCAGACAUCGAUUCCCUGGGGGCGUUGAAAAAGUGAUCCAGUACGCUUCCCGCAAUUUGACGCCAACUGAGCAAGGGUACAGUCAAAUCGACAAGGAAGCCCUUGGUCUUGUAUACGCCGUCACAAAAUUCCACCGAAUGAUACUAGGACGAAUGUUUGUAUUGGAAACGGACCACCAAACACUGCUCCGAAUUUUUGGGUCACACAAGGGAAUCCCUGCGCAUACAUCAAACAGAUUACAGCGGUGGGCGUUGACGUUGCUAUGCUAUGAUUUUACAAUCGAGUAUAUCAACACGACAAAGUUUGGGUACGUUGACAUCCUCUCUCGACUCAUCGACGGCGCUGCUAAACCCGAAGAGGAUUACGUAAUUGCUUCAAUUCGCCACGAAGAAGAUGUUUCAGCGGUUUUGGAAAAUGCGGUUAGUUCAAUUCCAAUCACUGCAAAGAUGAUUGCUAAAGCUACGCACAGGGAUCCACUUCUCAAGCAAGUAGCACAGUUUCUCCAUUCGUCUUGGGAAAUCAAAUCCGGCAAACAAAUGAAUCCUGAGAUGGCAGCGUUUUACAAUCGGAGAGAUAGCCUUACCGUCAUUCAAGGCUGUAUUUUGUUUGGAGAGAGAGUCGUAAUUCCUACGAUUCAGCAGAAGCAAAUUCUUCAACGUUUACACCAUGGGCACCCAGGCAUGGUACGGAUGAAGUGUCUUGCUCGGAGUUCGGUAUACUGGCCAGGAAUCGAUCAUCAAAUAGAAGAUUUUGUCAAGCAAUGCAAGGACUGUGCAGCAGUUUCCAAGUCUCCUCCACACGCACCACCUGAGGCUUGGCCAAGACCAGCUGGCCCUUGGGAACGCAUACACGUAGACUAUGCGGGUCCAAUUGAGGGUUUUUAUUUUCUGCUAAUCAUCGACGCAUUUUCAAAAUGGCCCGAAAUUUUCUCGUCAACGACCACCACUUCGAAAGCGUCAAUAGGGUUCCUUAAAUCAACUUUCACCCGUUUUGGGUUGCCUAGUACAAUUGUGUCGGACAACGGACCACAGUUUGCAUCCGACGAGUUCGACACAUUUUGCAAGACAAAUGGCAUCACGCACAUACGCACUGCCCCGUAUCACCCCCAAUCUAAUGGGCAGGCAGAGCCUUAUGUGGACACAAUGAAGCGAGCGAUGAAGAAAAUAAACAAGGGAGAGCCACUGCAAGAAACACUGGAAGUUUUCCUAGCUACGUACAGAUCAACACCGAGUGGAACAAACGAACAUAAAUCUCCGAAAUCUGACAAGAAGAGGUCAUCGGACAGCGGGGAGCUUCCACUAGAUAUUCUGCUUGGUGAGUUUGGUAUUGCUCGUGUUCCCGGUAGACAGAUCGAGGAAAGUGGAGUGGUGCAACAAUUCCAAGCUACUUCGCCACAAGUCAGCAUUCAACUAGGCCAGCAAAGAUCUUCGAGUAGCACAACUGAGCAGUCAUCGUCCCAGACUGAGGUACGAUCCCGCAUUCCCAUAUCUACAACUACCGUUACGUCGCGAGGACGGACAAUUCGUCUUCCACCGAGGUACGAACACUACGUGAUGUCUUAA